UAUUGUGAUGUAAUCAAAAUAUGUCAGUAUGAUAAAGCAAAAGAUGUUAGAGCUGUAAUGUUUGAUAUAUUUGGUAAAGUAAAUUUAACUUAUAUCAAUACUAUUGCAGGAGUAGAUGAUAUUUGA